UCGGCACGUAUUGGUGUGUUGGCGCGUUCAACAAGCGCCAGUUUGAUAAAAUUUCAAUUCCAGGGCCUUGAAAGUUGAGCCGGAAGUGUUUUUUUUAUUGACGCAGAUGUGUUGGAUAAGUUUAUCUAUAUCCUAUUGCAAUAUCAAGCUAGCCAGAUGAGUCUUACGCACAAAUCAUUAUCCAUCUACAGGUUAUGAGAUACAUUCACCUGUCAGUCAACGGCUGAUGUGAAGAAUUUACGGAUAAACGUGAACGCAUACGAUACUUAAAUGAUGGGAACCUAUGCAAGAGAAUUAAUAAUAUGCAUUUUGAUAAUACUAUCAGUAAGUACAGUAUAUGGGGUUAAUAAACUGAUAAAAUCAUUGCUCGAAAAUGACAGCAAUGUUACAAACAUCCUUGAAUCUUCUACAAAUGAAUACAGCUGGAUUGUGAGAUUAUGUCUGAAUUCAUUAGGCUACGCUACCAUAUUAUUACCUGGUUACUUGGUCUAUAAAUAUGUUUGCUGCAGUAAAUAUCUGCAACGAAGUGGAAAAGGAUUCGUACACAGGGUCGUCCACGCUUGCAUGGUUGGGCAUGGAGACAAAGGUAUACUGGAUUCCCCUAGUUUCGGGGGACUGAAUAAUGCCCAACAGAGUCCGCGCACAUUUCGGCAGGAUGCAUUGUUGCUUGUCUAUUGUUUCUCAGGUUUACAAUUCAGUUACUUGACAUGGGGUUAUUUACAAGAAAAAGUUAUGACACAGGAGUAUGUUGAUACGGAUGGAAAUAAAAGCCGUUAUAGAGAUUCUCAAUUUUUAGUUUUCAUUAAUAGGAUACUUGCAUUUAUAAUGUCUGGACUGUAUUUGCUUAUCCAGAAACAGCCUCGCCAUACAACGCCACUAUACAAAUAUACAUUCUGCUCAUUAUCAAAUAUUUUGAGUAGUUGGUGUCAAUAUGAAGCUCUUAUGUAUGUCAGCUUCCCAACGCAGGUGUUGGCUAAAGCUUGUAAAAUCAUUCCUGUUAUGAUAAUGGGAAAAAUAGUAUCUCGUUCCAAGUAUGAGUACUACGAAUAUGUUACUGCAGUGCUGAUAUCAAUUGGUAUGACAUGUUUUAUGCUGGGUAGUAGUGAGGAUAAAGCUGGAGGAGCUACUACAGCCUCCGGAGUUCUUUUAUUAGGAGGGUACAUGAUGCUAGAUAGUUUUACUAGUAAUUGGCAGAAUGCACUUUUUACUGAAUAUAGUGUGACAAGUGUCCAAAUGAUGUGUGGUGUGAACAUGUUUUCCUGUCUCUUGACUGCGAUGUCUCUCUUUCAGCAAUCAAGUUUUGCUAAUUCUUUAGCAUUUAUGGUUAAGUAUCCUGCAUUUAUCACAGAUUGUUUGUUGAUCUCAGUGUGUUCAGCAACUGGACAACUGUAUAUUUUCUAUACCAUUUCUAAUUUUGGAGCUGUUACAUUUGUUAUCAUCAUGACAAUUCGUCAGGGCCUAGCGAUAUUAUUAUCGUGUUUGAUAUACCAUCACGAUAUAACAAUCCUUGGUGUGUUCGGUGUACUACUGGUAUUUUGUUCUGUGUUCCUACGCAUAUACUGUAGUCAUCGAAUUCGAGCAAUUAGGAAGCUUAAAAUUGAAGCACCAAGUAUUAACACUUAAAUCAAGGAACAUUUCCAGAGGGCAUG